UCGCGGGCUGCUGCCGUCCGGGGAGCGGCUCCCGGGGGAAAGACACCUCGGCUUCUGGGACGGAGAGACAGUGAAACAGGAGGCCUUCCACAGCAGCGGAUCGUUCCUCUUCAUCCCCUCGAGCACUCUUCAGGUCGGACUGCAAUGAGUGGACUGAGGUCUCCUAGGCUGCUAGGGCUGGUACUCUUAAUGCUCUCAGCAGGAUAUUGCAAAGAGAAAACUGACUCCACAGAUUUGAAGGACAAGCAAAGUCUCCUAAAUCUGAUCAUGGAGAUCAUUCAGGAACUGAAAAGGUACCACCUGGAGAAGGAGAGUGGGCUGCAGUACUUCUCCAAGCAUGACUAUAACUUGGAUCGAAGGGAAGUGGCUGACUACGGAGGAUACCAGGAUGAGCAGAGAGUUGAAAUAGUUCCCAGAGAUCUGAGGAUGAAAGACAAGUUCUUAAAGCAUUUAACAGGUCCACUCUACUUUAGCCCAAAAUGCAGUAAACACUUUCAUCGGCUUUAUCAUAAUACAAGGGACUGCACCAUCCCAGCAUACUAUAAAAGAUGUGCCAGGCUUCUUACUCGGUUGGCAGUAAGCCCAAUGUGCAUGGAAGGAUAAAGAUGUUAUUACCAUGACAAGAAACACCAAGAACCAAGAGAAGUGCCUUGGAAACCAACAGGGAAAUAGAACUUACUACCUUUUAGCAAAUUCCAUUGUGAACAAGAGAUUUAUUUUUGCAGAUGGAGACUACUUCCCAUAAUUCUUUUAACAUGCAUUUUGUAUGCCAUCAAGUUUGCAGACUGACAUUCUUUACAGUAGCAUAACAGCCAGUAGUAUUUAAUGCUCCAUAUUUAAAAACACACUUUACAAUUGAUGUGUAAUGCUGCAAAAAAUGAUGUAAACACAAGUAUUUCACCAAGAAAAUUGAUGUUCUAUUGCUUAAUUCUAAAAUUUUAAGGAAUGUUUGUUUGUAUAUCUAGAACUACUAAAGAUCUGCUCCACGGUAGUUGUGGUCACUUGAUACCCUUCAUGCUUAUGCAAUUUUUUUAAAAGUUUGGUUAAAACAGACUUGCAUUGGGGUCACAUUGUACCCUGGGAGUACAAACUGCAUGACAAACAGAAAUGUAAUUCCAAGUAGACAUACUUUUUGGGACAGUGGAGCAUGGAUUUUGUACACAAACACAAGCUGCCAUUAAUUUACUUUAUAUAAUAAAUGUAUAAAACAUUCCAGUGAACGUGCAAUAUGUAAAUACUGUAAAUAACGAGCAUAAGUAAUAAAGUGUUUGGU